UCAAUUCCUUCUUUCCUCCGCCUUUUACACUGUUUUCAAUCUGCCCUUUUCCCUCCCGUUUUCUCUUUUCCAUCCUCCUUCCACCCCUUUCUUCUUUCUCCCUUUAUACUGUCACCCUCCAUUACAACCUUUCCAUUCUCCUUCCCUCGCUGGAUAUCAUCCCUCCUCAUCCUCAUCCUCCUUCCCUCCUGCUUUUCUCCGCCCCUUAGCCCCCGCCCCCGCCCCCAAGCCUCCGCCCCUUAGCCCCCGCCCCCAGCUGCCAGUCCCCAGCAGCUCAGUCCUGCCGUGAGUCCAUAGCUAAGCACCAGGAGCUGAACACUGUUCGCUGUGCCUGGCUGCAAGUCUCCAGCAUGGCCCAGGAGAAAAUGGAGCUGGACUUUGAGCAUGGCACAUCAAAUGGGGGCACCCUGAGAAGAUCCAGCAGCGCUCCCCUGAUUCAUGGGCUCAGUCACCUUUCACAGGUUUUUCAGCCUUACACAUUUAGAACUCGGUGGAAUAGUACAACGAUUAUGAGCAGUCAUAGCCUGGUGAGUAUAGAAUUGCUGUCAUCAUCAUCUAAUGGGAUUUCUAGUAGCAGACUGCAUCAAAUCAAAAAGGAGGAAGGCACGGAUAUCAUGAACAGAGAAACUGCCCAUGAAAGGGAAGUGCAAGCGGCCAUGCAGAUAAGCCAGUCAUGGGAUGAGAGCUUGAGCCUGAGUGAUAGUGAUUUUGACAAGCCAGAGAAAUUAUAUUCUCCUAAAAGGAUUGACUUCACUCCAGUUUCUCCAGCACCAUCACCCACCAGAGGACUUGGAAAGCAAUGUUUUUCACCAUCCUUACAAAUGUUGAACAGCAGUGGGCUACCACCAAGUCCCAAUCCUAGUCCAAGACACUUAUCCAGCAGGAGGAGUCAGAGCCCAGUCAAAUGCAUUCGACCCAGUGCUCUUGGUCCUCUUAAAAGAAAAGGUGAAAUGGAGUCCGAAAGCCAGCCUAAGAGGCUCUUCCAAGGCACUACCAAUAUGCUGCCUCCGGAAAAUGCACACUUGUCUGAUCUCAGUUCAUGGUGGUGUUAUCAAGGAGAAGAAAUUCCUGCCUUGACCAGAUGUGUGGAGCACCUACAAAUGAAUGAAUAAUGUUAUUUACCCACAAACUACUGUCUAGAAAGCAUACCUGAGCUUGACAGCUUGCCUUGGGUGGCAUUAUGA